ACACGGAGCAGGAAUUCCGCCUAUGCGCCGAUGACAGCGUCGUUGAUGGGGGUGACACCGACUAUGACCAUCCUCUGGCGAUACAGAUCUGUUGCCCGGCGACCAGAGGCGAUCCCUUAAGACAACUAACCAGCUGCGAGCAACUUGCCAGCAGUUUAUCCUCGGGCCACCGGCUGGUGUCGGACUUGACAGACGGUGGAUGAAGCCGAGCGUUUGCCCUGAUGCUCUGAGCUGGACCGGUGCCUUUUCUCCACUUUGAACUCCCCGCUGGGAUUAACUGGACUCGCUUUGUGUCGCUGAAGAGUUUUAGAAAUCAUGGAUCUGUUCGGGGUGCUGCAGCUGGACGAGCUGUCCCACGGACUGGCAAACUUGUCCAUGUUUCCAUACUUUGACAUGGCGCACUACAUCGUGUCAGUCAUGGCUCUGAGGGAGCAGCCAGGCGCUCUUGAGGUCUCCAGGGCCAGCCCCUUAGCCUGCUGGUUCAGCUCCAUGCUCUUCUGUUUCGGUGGAGCAGUGCUGUCUGGGAUCAUGCUGGCCGAGCCGCCUGUCGCACCUUUGACCAACAGCACCAGUGUUCUGCUUGCUUCGAUCAUCUGGUACCUAGUGUUCUACUGCCCCAUGGACCUGGUGUACUGUUGUGCUGCCCUGCUGCCUCUCAGGCUGGUGCUGUCAGGAAUGAAGGAAGUGACCAGGACGUGGAAGGUGGUCGGAGGGGUCACCCAGGCGCACAGCAAAUACAAGGACAGUCUGCUGGUUAUGAUUGCCAUCGGGUGGGCCAGAGGUGCUGGAGGUGGUCUGAUAAGUAAUUUUGAGCAGCUUGUUCGAGGUGUAUGGAAACCAGAGACUAAUGAGCUCCUCAGAAUGUCAUAUCCCACCAAGAUCACCCUGAUAGGGGCGGUGCUGUUCGCUCUGCAGCAGACCCACUACCUGCCUCUCCAGAAGCACCACCUGAUGCUCAUCUACACCGUCUUUACCGUCGUCAAUAAGUCAAGGAUGAUGCUGACGGGCUCCUCCGCAUCGCCAUUUGCUGCCGUAGAGUCUGCUAUCUACAAGACCCUCUUCACCGGCUCCUCCCCUUACGAUGUCCUCACGGGCGAGGUAAAGAAAGCAUGUAUCGACAAUGGCACGAGCGGCACGACGACCUCCACCUCUGCAACCAAAGAGUCCAGUGAGAACGGAGCGGUUUCUCCUGUCAAGGGACAAAGUGGAUCGCUCAAAGCCAAAGAAGAGUCAGAGAACGCAGAGGCAACAAGCUGCAAGAAGACUGAUUAGUCAGCCUCUGCCCCAUAGCGCCUUUUCACCUCUAAGCAGGGUUGUGGAGUCAUUUCUGAUUCAGAUUUGUCAUGUCAGGACUUCAACUUUCUGACUGCUGGAACAAAUUUUCAACAAGAGCUGACUCCAACCAACCCUGCACCUUAUUGUGGGAUAAUCACCCCAUCCUUAAAGUGCUGUGAUAUUUAUGCUGUGGGAUGUGACCAUGAUAGUAUCCUUGGGCUGAUUGCACACUUGCAGUACAACGUGUAGCUUAAUUUUUGAUAUAUUUAUAAUGGGUACAAACUGUUAAGAAUUUUAUCCUGGGGUCUUGGGAACAGUGCUGUGCACCUGCUGAUCUAUGAAUGUCUGCAUCUUUUUCUCUCUGUAUAUAUUCUGCUUCAUGUAAAUGCUAUAUUUCCUACUCUGAAAUGGUUAAAAUAUUUUGUAAAAGAGAGAUUAUAUUCUAUGACACGCAGAUAUUUUAUCUUAUUUAUACUGAAUAAUUGCACUCUUGAAUUUAUAACAUUUCAAAUGCAACUUUUUAUUGUAUUCUCUUUCUUGAGUGGAUGCUUUGAAUUACAGCAUGAGAUUAAAACAGGUUUAAAAGCACU